GAAAUUGCAUUUGGUAGCUGUGUACACCUCAAAAAAUGCAAAACCAUUAAGGAUGGUCUGCUCCCUUCAGCAGAAUAGUUAGCCUUUCUCUCUGCAAAACGUUGCAUCUUGGCUCUUGGAAAUCCCCACUGAAUCUGGAGAAAUUAUGUCUUGUCAACCAGCCUCCUUUCCUGGAACCCAACAUGAUUGCUGAUGGUGCACCAGUUGCUCCACUUGACAGUAAGUUUGCUCGUCUCAUUUCACUUGAAUGUUCACCGGUAAAUAUCAGUAGAUGUGGAAAGCUUUCCUUACCACAAUUUAUUAUGUUUCCUGGCCAUGAUAAUUACUGGUAUAAUACCACUUGUGAAUAAGUUGACCAAUUCAGGAUGAAUCACCUGGCUGGCCCUUGGCCCCUGGAAUGAUCUUCCACGUGUGACUUGGUGGCAUUAUUACAAAAUACAGCAGGAUAGACCUGCCCAGCCAUUACAGCAGGACGUUCAUUUGUGAUGCUGCCUUAAGGAGAUAAGGAGAUGAGAGCAAAUUGUUCCAGCAGCUCGGCCUGCCCGGCCAACAGUUCGGUGGAGGAGCUGCCAGAGGGGGUGAAGGCCUACGGGAACCUGGAACUCGUAUUCACAGUGGUGUCGGCCCUGAUGAUUGGCCUACUGAUGUUCUCUUUGGGAUGCUCUGUGGAGGUCCGGAAGCUCUGGGGACACAUCAGGAGACCCUGGGGCAUCGCUGUGGGACUGCUCUGCCAGUUUGGGCUCAUGCCUCUCAUCGCCUACCUCCUGAUCAUCAGCUUCUCUCUGAAGCCGCUCCAAGCUAUAGCUGUCCUCAUCAUGGGGUGUUGCCCAGGGGGAACCGUCUCAAACAUUUUCACCUUCUGGGUGGAUGGAGAUAUGGAUCUCAGCAUCAGUAUGACAACCUGUUCCACAGUGGCUGCCCUGGGAAUGAUGCCACUCUGCCUUUAUCUCUACACCUUGUCCUGGAACCUCGAGCAGAAUCUCACGAUUCCGUAUCAGAACAUAGGAAUCACUCUUGUGUGCCUGAUCAUUCCUGUGGCCUUGGGUAUCUAUGUGAAUUAUAGGUGGCCAAAACAAUCCAAAAUUAUUCUUAAGAUUGGGGCCAUUGCUGGUGGACUCCUCUUUUUGGUCGUCACAGUGGCUGGUGUGGCGCUGAUAAAAGAAUUUUGGAGUACAGACAUCAUUCUUCUGACGAUCAGUUUCAUCUUUCCUUUGAUUGGCCAUGUCACAGGCUUUCUCCUGGCACUUCUUACCCACCAAUCUUGGCAGAGGUGCAGGACAAUUUCCUUAGAAACUGGAACUCAGAAUGUUCAGAUGUGCUUAACCAUGCUGCAGUUAUCCUUCACUGCAGAGCAACUGGCCCAGAUAUUUAACUUCACAUUGGCCUAUGGACUUUUCCAGAUGCUGGAUGGGUUUCUCAUGGUUGCUGCAUAUAAGAUGUACAAGAGGAGAUUGAAGAACAAACAUGGAAACGAGAAGCCAGGUUGUCAAGAAGCCCGCCAUAGGAAGAAAUCCACUUCUUCCAAAGAGACCACUGCUUUCUUGGAGAUGAAUGAAGAAGCCACUCUAAGUCCUGGGCCAUCAGGACCCAUGGAUCUCCAUGGGGCUCCGACGCCAACUGGUGACAUCUCACAUGCCAAUGAAGAGUGAUUCCCACCGUUACAUGAAGUCGUCAAGCUGUGAAUUUUAAUCUCACAAGAGUUAAGCCUCUGGGUAGAGAUGUCACCUCACACUGCAGGGCAAGUACAGAGUCUGGACCCACUUGACUUCUUGACUUUGGGCAAGUGCUUUGGGAUAGUGGGGAGAAAGCAUACAGCUCUUAUAAAAAUGGGGUUUUUCUCAAAUGCUGAUUGUUUUUUAAGGGCUUGAAAAUCCUCUUAGAUUUAUAGAUGUAAUGAGGGAUUACAUUACAUUCCCUAGAGGGAAUCUAAUGAACCCUUGAGGGUAAUAUUUUUACUCCCUAGAGAUAGCCACAUGUUUAUUCUUCUAAUAUAUAGAUUUAUGAGAUAUAUAAUUUAAAAAGUGCAUUCCAUGUAUACUGUUUCAUAAAUCACUAAAUGAUUAAUCACUGACUAAAUGGACAUGAGUUUGAGCAAACUCCAGGAGAUGGUGAAGGACAGGGGAGCCUGGGGUGCUGCGGUCCAUGGGAUUGCAGAGUUGGACAUGACUUAGCGACUGAACAGCAAAAACCAACACUAUAUUACAGAGCAUCUUUACAUGUCAGUCUGUGUUGACCUACCUCAUUCUUUAGAACAGUAGCUUCAUAGAAGUAUUCUAGUGUAUGGAAGGAUUGUAAUUUAUUUCACCAAUUCUUAUUCAAGGACAUUUAGAUAGCUUUCAACUUCUUGGUAUUACAGUGCUAUUACAAACACCUGUGUCUCCAUGCCAGUAUUUCUGUAAGAUCAUUUUCUAGACUUGAAUUGCCAGGCUGAUUGCACAUUAAAAUGCUGGGCAGAGAGCUCUCUGGCAACAUUGUACCAGCAGUGCCUGAGUUUGUCUGGUUUCCCACAGCCACAUUCAUCUUAAGAAUGAUCGCUCUGCUUUGUGAAAAUAUCUUAUUUAAAAUUGCAUUGUUAAAAUUGAGUGAAGCAGAGUAUUUUUCAUGAGUGCGUGUUCAUGUCCUUUGCCUGCUUUUCUAUUUAUUUUUUCCUUUUUGAUUGAUAAAUUUUAACACAUGGUGGACAAUGACUCUUUGCCCUAUGUUUUGUCAAUAUUUUACCCCUCUUUUGUCUCUUAGUUUUGUAUAAUGUCUUUUGCUGUAUGGAAGUUUCAUAUGUUCAGCUUUACUAGUCUUUCAAAAUUGUUUUUUGACCUCAAUAUCUAUCAAAUGUUAGAAUAUUUAUAUCUUUGUGUGGAUCAUGAAUUGUAAAAGGAUCCCUUUUUCAUGAAUGUAUGUGGCCCCUUUUCAGGGAGUUUUUUUUGGGGUCAACAUAUUUACUAGCUGCCGUGUAUACUGUCUGGCAGUAGAUAAAACCCAUCCUUCUCCUCUAACAUUAUUAAAACUAUUUCCUAUAUUUUGUAUUACUUUUAUUGACUAAAUAUGUACAUAUUUAUUCUAUUUUUUCUAUGCUAUGUUAAAAAUCUAAUUGUCUUAAUAUACUGAAUCAGUCUUUUCUCUACUGAUAUGAAAUGCCACUUGUAUAACUUUCUAUUACUGUGUUUUAUUGGGAUCUGUUUGGCUCCAUUUUAAAAUUAUUUGUAAAUUGUGAAAUGUGUAAAAACAUAUUGUCUGAGAUUAGUGCUUUACAAUUUUAUUUUGUAACUAUACCCAAGAACUUAUAGGUUAUAUAUAUAAUGUCAAUGGUUAUUAUGAUAUUUUCCCAAUUAAGGACAUCUUCAUAGUAAUACAGAAAGAGACAUAUUAGGUAUCACAAGUAUAUUUAUAUGGAAAGGACGUACACACAGGUGUGACAUGAUUGUUAAUUCUCAACUGCCGCAGUUAACAUAGCAGAAUUGGAUGUUCAGAGAUCCCCAGUUCCAAAAUGAGCAUUACCAUGAGUUUGAAAAGAUCCAAAAGAAAGGGAUUAAAUCAUUUGUCUACAUAGGCACCUAACAGAAAAUGGUAAAUUCCCAUGUUCCAUUCUCCAAGUAGUAACUGCACGAUCAGUGUUUACCACCAUUAGGACAGGUCUGGAGACAAGUACAUCAAAAGCCAUCCUUUAAGACAGAAACAACAGAAAUCAAUGUAAGGGUUUGAAAGUAGUCACACUGGAUGAUUGCCAUCUCCAGAGAUGGUAUGUAAACACAUUAUUGAGAGGAAACAGAAAUAGUCAAGUUGAGACUUCCCUGGUGGUCCAGCGGCUAAGACUGUGCUCCCAAUGCAGGAGGCUUGGGGGUUUGAUCCCUGGUCGGGGAACUAUAUUCCACAUGCUGCAGCUAAGAGCUUGUACGUGGCGACUGAAAGAUCCUGCAUGCUGCAACUAAGACCCAACACAGCCAAAUAAAUAAAAUAAAUAUGGAAAAAAAAAGUUGUCCAAGAGGUCAGGCAUUAUCUUUAAAAAGAAUGUAACUAAACAAAAGCUCUAACUGAAUAAAUUGUAUUCCAACUGAUCUAAAUAAUCACGUGUUCAUAAAAGCAGGGCCCCUAUGAAGUUCAGAAGUGGGGAGUGCAGAGAAAUGUUAAGCAGAAUGAGUCAGCUCUGUGUCUGGAAAAGACCCAGGUGGGCAGCUGAGACAGCAGAGUGUAGUGGGAAGAACCUGGGCUUUACCAGGGCUAUUUAUUGUAACACACUUAAAGAGCUAGAACAGGUUGUUGUCAGGCAGUCCUAGAAUUGAAUCCCAGCUGUUAUUUGGACAAUCUUGAGCAAGGUUCAGUCUCCUUUCUUAAAAAGGAUGUUAUCCUACCCACCAGUGGGUUGGAAUCACCCCUGGGACUGCCUGGGCUUUGCAGUGGGCUGCCCUGAGACCCUGACCAGUCUACCAGUGGGUUGGCCCUGGCUGACCUCCUUUGGCUGUGCAGUCAACUACACUGGGACCCAAUGGUACCAACCAGUGGGCCUAAAGCCACUGCACUAGGCAGGGCCUGGCAGGAACAGGGCCAGGACUAGCCUUGCCCAACAAUGUGUCCAGUGCA